AUGCGUGUCUUGAAAAACUGUGCGUCAUUCCGUAGUGUUCCCAGUCGUUUCUGCGGAGGGGCGAAGAGCAGCUUUCAAAUUCAAUGCGCAUCUGCAUCUGGUGACAAGCCGUCAGGAAGAAUGUGUGCAUGGACCGCAAAGAGCGACAUGCAGACCGAGGGUGAAACAGAAAAGAAGCAGAGAAAGCGUUUCGUCUCAGGGCGGCCUCGAAGCUGUGCAGGACACCGGCCUGGAAGACGAGGCGCAGCUAGCAGCAGCAGGCCCUCGAGAAACAGCCCCCGUACCAUGAGGGCGUUCGGGGCAUCGACGGCUCGAGGAGAACCUGGAAUUAACGCGUGA